UGUUCUGUUCACAACGUGGAGCGGUCGCUCGCUCGACAAAUUUAUUAUUUGAAUUUCUUCAAUUAAAAGUCAGCCUGUGCCAGCUCGAUGCAGAACUCGGCGCAUUAUGCAAUUUCAACUGGCAGACGUCUGCUCUGCGCAGUGCGCCCGAGGCUCGGUGUUAGUUCCUAUUUCGAGGAGCGUUGCUUGCACCGUGGAGCAGUUUAUCUAUCGCGAAAUAGGAAACACGAAACGAAUGUUUCGGCGCUAUUCAAGCCGGUGCAGGUGCAGGCCAAUCUCGAUGACGAGGAUGUUGGCUCCGAGCUGGUGGGCAAACUGGAAAAGUCCGAACUGCUUAAGAUCCUCAACAAGUUUGCACAGCGUCGGGAAAUCAAAGCGCUUUGCAGUGAGAAUGGAUUGGAUUCUUACUUGCAGCAACAGGCAUUUGGAUCGUUUCGUCGCUUCUGCAUCGAGGCUGAAAAUCUGCCGGUUGACAUUCACAUCAUUUUCAGCGAUAUUAUGCAAGGCGCUGGCCACAUUAACGACAUCUUUCCCUAUUUCUUGCGGCAUGCCAAGACCGUGUUCCCCCAUCUUGACUGUAUGGAUGAUUUAAAGAAGAUAUCCGAUUUGCGACAGCCAGCCAAUUGGUAUACCAAUGCCCGAGCCAUUACCCGCAAGAUCGUUUUCCAUGCCGGACCCACGAACUCGGGCAAGACGUAUCAUGCUAUGGAGCGAUAUCUGAGUGCAAAAUCUGGCGUCUAUUGUGGGCCACUUAAGCUGCUGGCCACCGAGGUCUAUAACAAGGCCAAUGAGCGUGGUACGCCCUGUGAUCUGGUCACUGGCGAGGAGCGCAAAUUUGGCAUAAGCGAGAACUCACCAGCAAGCCAUGUGGCCUGCACCGUAGAGAUGACAUCCGUAAACACACCCUACGAGGUGGCUGUUAUUGACGAGAUCCAACAGAUGCGAGAUCCUCAGCGUGGCUGGGCUUGGACACGUGCAUUUCUGGGGCUGAUUGCCGAUGAGGUGCAUGUAUGUGGCGAGGCGGGUGCGCUGGAUUUGCUGGAGAAAAUAUGCGAAACGACGGGGGAAACGGUCGAGGUGCGUCGCUACGAUCGUCUCACGGAAUUAACAGUUGAGAGUUCAGCGUUGGGAUCAUUGGACAAUGUCAUGCCUGGGGAUUGCAUUGUUUGCUUUAGUAAACAUGACAUUUACACGGUUUCGCGAGAAAUUGAAGCGCGCGGUAAGGAAGUUGCUGUAAUCUAUGGCGGCUUACCACCUGGCACCAAGCUGGCUCAAGCUGCCAAGUUUAAUGACCCCGAGAACAGCUGCAAAGUCAUGGUAGCCACAGAUGCCAUUGGCAUGGGCUUAAACCUGAGCAUUCGUCGCAUAAUUUUCUACUCGUUGGUGAAGCCGACGAUGAACGAACGCGGUGAACGCGAAAUUGACACAAUAUCAGUGUCCUCGGCUCUGCAAAUUGCUGGACGUGCUGGUCGUUAUCGCACUCAAUGGGAGCAUGGCUUUGUCACCGCCUUUAAGUCUGAUGAUUUGAAAAUUCUGCAACGCAUACUGGAACAAACACCGGAACCUUUGAAACAGGCAGGCCUGCAUCCCACCGCUGACCAAAUUGAGCUGUACGCUUACCAUUUGCCAAACUCAUCUUUGAGCAAUCUGAUGGAUAUUUUCGUCAAUCUCUGCACUGUUGAUGACUCCUUGUACUUUAUGUGCAAUAUUGAAGACUUUAAGUUCCUUGCCGAGAUGAUACAACAUGUUCCUCUGCCGCUGCGUGCCCGCUAUGUAUUUUGUUGUGCGCCCAUCAAUCGCAAAAUGCCAUUUGUGUGUUCCAUGUUUCUGAAGAUUGCCCGACAAUAUAGUCGCAAUGAGCCAAUAACAUUUGAUUUUAUUAAAAGAAACUGCGGCUGGCCGCCAAAGUUGCCCAAGACAAUUCUGGAUCUAGUGCAUCUGGAAAGCGUUUUCGACGUCAUGGACUUGUAUUUGUGGCUGAGCUAUCGUUUUAUGGAUCUGUUUCUUGAAGCGUCUAGCGUGCGCGAGGCUCAGAAAGAGCUCGAUGAGAUCAUACAGCAGGGCGUAUUUCAAAUUACGCGGCUACUCAAGAACACAGAAGCUGGCCAGGACGGUGAAAUCCCAUCCUAUCAAAUGCGCCGUGCGACUUAUGUCAAGGAGCCGCGGCUGCCCAGCUCAUCGCGUGGCCGCCUCACGGAAAGACUACUCGCCCAGGGUUUGCUGACGCCUGGCAUGCUCAGUGAGCUGCGAAAGGAGUGGGAUGCACAGCAGCAUGCAGUGCCCCAAGUCCAGUCAGCCGACAAAGACUCUCAGGAAUAUGUUACGGAUAGCGAUGAUGACGAUAGUCUUGCGGGGAACACAAAAAAGACUCGACGAAAACGCAGAAAGUAGUUGUAUUAGUAGAAUCUGGUUGUAGGAAUAGGAUGGGAGCCAUGGAGCUAUAAGCUUAGUGUGGUUGCUGUUGUUAAUGUUAUCAUUUUAUUUUUAAGUCACAAUUAUGUAAUAUUAAAAUUAUUAUUUUAAUAAUCAACAAUGACAA